AAGCCUCAUAUAUAAACCUCAGGGAUGAUUCUUUCCCACUGCCACUGGUCAGUGCUGUCCUUCUUCUCAACUUUCUGUCCCGUCGUAGUUGUGAAAAAAAGAAACCGCCAACAUGUCUGACAAAAAGAUGACUUCGAGCCGCAGGCAUCAUCUCAAGAGUUUGAUGCUGCAGAUUGCGGCGGGCAUGAUAGAAAAGGAGAAAAAGGAACUUGUCGUUGCCAAGCAGGCCUACAUGGCUGAGAAAUGUCCCACUCCCAGCCUGAGUGGAGACCAGACUGCCCUCAUGGAAACCUGUAAAAAGUUGCACGCCCUCAUCGAUGCAGUGGAUGAGGAGAGGUAUGACCUGGAGGCCAAAGUGAGCAAGGCUGAUAAAGAGAUCGAUGACCUGAAGAUCAAAGUGGUGGACUUGGCCGGAGUGAAGAAGCCUGCUCUGAAGAAAGUACGUAUGUCUGCUGACGCCAUGCUGAAAGCUCUUCUGGGCUCCAAACACACAGUAAAUAUGGACCUGAGGGCCAACCUGAAGCAGGUCAAGAAGGAGGUGAAAGAGGAGCCUGCAGAGGCGGUUGGUGACUGGCGUAAGAACAUUGAGGACAAGGCUGACAGGAAGAAGAUGUUCGAGGCUGCCUAAAGAACUUAACUCUGCUCCUGUAGCUGCUCUGGGCCGUUAGAACUUUUUAUCAAAUUUCAGGAUUUUUUCAGUGAAUUGAAAUACCCUUUGUUUCAUUAAAUUUGUAAGUUUCAGUCUACACUGUUAUUGUACAUUUGUAUAGUGAAUGGUUUAGACUGGUAAAGACCCUUUCAUUUCUGAUAUUUCAGGAUCACAGUUCUCUGCAGUGCUACAUCCUGUUCCCUCUAUUGACAUGGUCACUUUUGACAACUUCCUGCUCCUAGUCUUUUUGUAAUAAAUGUGUUUUUUUCCUACAUCUGCUGACAUGA